AUGGUCUAUGUUGAUGACAUAGUGAUUGCAGGGAAUGAUACUACUAAGAUUGUCCAGCUAAAAAAGCACUUAUUCAGCCAUUUCCAGACCAAAGAUCUGGGAUAUUUGAAGUAUUUCCUUGGUAUCGAGGUGGCUCAAUCAGGAGAUGGUGUAUUGAUCUUUCAGAGGAAGUAUGCUCUUGAUAUUCUAGAAGAAACAGACAUGCAAAAUUGUAGACCUGUUGAUAGUCCUAUGGAUCCAAAUCUAAAGCUCAUGGCAGAUCAGAGUGAAGUUUAUCCUGACCCCGAGAGAUAUAGGAGACUUGUGGGAAAGCUCAUUUAUCUCACCAUUACAAGACCUGAUAUCUCCUUUGUUGUAGGAGUGGUUAGCCAAUUUAUGCAGAAUCCUCAUUUGGACCAUUGGAAUGUUGUCAUGCGUAUUCUCAGAUAUGUUAAGAGAGCCCUUGGACAAGGAUUGUUGUAUGAAGACAAAGGUAAUACACAACAAUCGGGAUAUUGUGGUGCUGAUUGGGCUGGUUGUCCCAUGGAUAAGAGGUCCACAUCAGGUUAUUGCGUCUUCAUUGGAGGGAAUAUUAUCUCUUGGAAAAGUAAGAAGCAAACUGUUGUUGCUCGGUCCAGUGCAUAA